GAGAAGUCUGAGACGGAGAGCGACAUUUCUGAUGUGGACUCAGUAACUGAGGACAUGUUUUUGAAUGGGAUGGACGCCUUGCUUGAUAGGUAAGUGUGUUUUUAUUGUGUUUUCACACUAUUUUACAUAAAAAUUAGAUUGGCAGACACUACAGUAUGUACAGUGACAAGUAAAUAAUGACACAUUUGCUCACUUUUACAGGCAAAGUGAUCCUGAUUGGGAGCCAGAAACUCUGUUGGCUGAAGUCCAUGUUGAAAUGGAUCAACCAUCUUUAGAGCCAGAACCGGGUCCUUCCUCCAAGACUCGUCGGUUGACAAGAACCAGAAGAGGCAGGGGAUGGGGGAGGAGCAGAGGAACGGGACGUGGUGCUUGUGCUAGAGAGCCACCGCCACCUGCAGAGGGAAAGUGGCAUAAUGUUGAAGUUCCAGACAUCACACCUUCCCAACCCCCCUUUUGUCCUAGAAGGACUCCUGAACCCCAGAUAAUUAGCACAUCAAACUACACUGUGCUUGAACUAUUUCAGCAGUUUUUUACGAACACUAUGUUACUGACUAUUGUGGCAAAUACAAAUGUGCACGGCAGAUCCGUUUACAGCUCAUGGACAGACAUUGGCAUUGAAGACCUCUACUCUUUUCUGGCAAUUGUAAUUUACAUGGGCCUCUUGAAAGUACCUGCACUUACUGAUUACUGGAGAAAAGGAAAAUUAUACAGUCUUCCUUUUCCUCAGUCAGUUCUGUCAGGUCGGAAAUUCUUCUCAAUUGUUCACGGUCUUCAUCUAAGCAGUCCAGACGACGAUGCUAAAAAUGAAAGUAAAAGAGGCACUGCUGAUUUUGACCGCCUGGGCAAGAUCAAGCCCAUCUACAUCGACAUUAGAAAUGCAUGUCGUCAGAACUUCCAACCAAAUCAGCAUAUCUCCAUUGAUGAGAGAAUGGUUGCUUCAAAAGCUCGAGUAAUAUUCAAGCAAUAUCUGAAAAACAAACCUGUUCGAUGGGGCUACAAGCUGUUUGUGCUUGCAGAUUCUGAAACAGGCUACACGUGGGACUUUUUUGUCCAUGAGGGCAAAAGUGCACAAGCAUGCACAAAGGGGUUGAGCUAUGACUCGGUUAUGACUCUUGUCAACACCUCUUUAUUGGGCACAGGGUACAAGCUCUUCGUGGACAAUUUUUAUACGAGCCCAGUUCUGUUUCAGGAUCUCCUGAAAAAAAAUAUAACAGCCUGUGGCACAAUCAGGACACACAGACAGGGUUACCCCAAAACUACUGUCAACAUCCUGGACACCAAUGCUACCCGUGGCAGUAUCAGAUGGAUUCGGGAAGACCCCUUGCUUUUUGUCCAGUGGAAAGAUACCAGAGACGUCUUUAUGUGCUCCACCAUGCACACCGCCCAUGGAGAGGAGACAGUGACGCGUAGGGUGAAAGAUGAGGCAGGCCGUUGGAUCAAGAAAGUUGUCCCCAUUCCACCAGCCAUCAAAGAGUACAACAAGCACAUGGGUGGAGUCGACCUGUCAGAUGCACUGAUCGGCUAUUAUGAGGUUCUCCACAAGACAAAGAAAUGGUACAAGACUUUUUUUUACCAUUUUGUGGAUAUUGCCAUUGUUAAUGCCUUCAUAUUGUACAAAGCCCAGUGCAAGGCAAAGGCAGUAGUUCCUGUGCACCAGAAGGCAUUUAGGGAAACCCUAGUCUUGGAGCUAGCAGCUGCGGGAUCCACCAGGACAGCACAACAAGACGAGAACAGGGAAGACCAUCAUCGUUUGGUGCACAUCAGCAGUGGUGGGGAUAAAACUCAUGGCCGGCUGAGGUGCAGGAGGUGCCAAGCAAAAACCCCUGUAAAAUGUUCUACAUGUGACAUGCCCUUGUGCUUUCUGCCUACUAGGGAUUGCUACAAUCAGUGGCACAUGGACAGACGCUGAGCUGUGUUGGAACAGUUUGUAAAAAAAUGUAUAUAGUUUGUGUGCAUCUAGAAGAGCAUUUGUUUGUUCCUUUCAAAUAUAUAUUUUUGG